CAGAAUGGCAGAGAAGGCUCCACAAGCGAUGAACAGGAAGUCUUCAAGGUCUACCCUUUCCCUCCCACCAGAACCAGUGGAGAUCAUUAGGAGCAAAACUUGCUCAAGGAGAGUUAAAAUAAAUGUAGGUGGGCUCAAUCAUGAAGUUCUAUGGAGGACUUUGGACAGACUCCCAAGGACUCGAUUAGGAAAGCUCAGAGACUGCAAUACCCAUGAUUCUCUGCUGGAAGUGUGUGAUGACUAUAACCUGAAUGAGAAUGAAUAUUUCUUUGAUCGACACCCAGGGGCUUUCACCUCCAUUUUGAAUUUCUACAGGACAGGGAAGCUACACAUGAUGGAAGAAAUGUGUGCUCUCUCUUUUGGCCAAGAGCUUGAUUUCUGGGGGAUUGAUGAAAUAUAUUUAGAAUCUUGCUGCCAGGCAAGGUAUCAUCAGAAGAAAGAACAAAUGAAUGAGGAAUUGAGGAGAGAGGCAGAGACAAUGCGUGAGAGAGAAGGGGAAGAGUUUGAUAAUACUUGUUGCCCAGAGAAAAGGAAGAAACUCUGGGACUUGCUAGAGAAACCCAACUCAUCCGUGGCUGCAAAGAUUUUGGCCAUUGUAUCCAUUCUGUUCAUCGUACUGUCAACCAUUGCUUUGUCUCUCAAUACACUACCUGAGCUUCAAGAAAUAGAUGAAUUUGGACAACCAAAUGACAACCCCCAAUUAGCACAUGUUGAAGCUGUGUGCAUUGCUUGGUUUACUAUGGAGUACCUUCUGCGUUUCCUGUCCUCACCAAAUAAGUGGAAGUUCUUCAAAGGUCCAUUAAAUGUGAUUGAUUUACUGGCCAUUUUGCCAUAUUAUGUCACCAUUUUCCUCACAGAGUCCAACAAAAGUGUGCUGCAGUUCCAAAACGUCAGACGUGUGGUUCAGAUAUUUCGUAUUAUGAGGAUACUAAGAAUCCUUAAACUUGCCAGGCAUUCAACAGGCCUUCAGUCUUUAGGUUUCACUCUCAGGAGGAGUUACAAUGAAUUGGGUUUGUUGAUAUUAUUUUUAGCAAUGGGAAUAAUGAUCUUUUCCAGCCUUGUGUUUUUUGCUGAAAAGGAUGAAGAUGCUACAAAGUUUACUAGUAUCCCAGCAUCGUUUUGGUGGGCUACCAUCACUAUGACCACUGUAGGAUAUGGUGACAUUUAUCCUAAGACUCUACUCGGAAAAAUAGUUGGAGGACUGUGUUGCAUUGCUGGAGUGCUGGUAAUAGCCUUGCCCAUACCAAUCAUUGUGAAUAACUUCUCUGAAUUUUACAAAGAGCAAAAACGGCAGGAAAAGGCCAUUAAAAGAAGAGAGGCCCUUGAGCGAGCUAAAAGAAAUGGAAGCAUUAUCUCCAUGAACCUGAAAGAUGCUUUUGCACGCAGUAUGGAACUCAUUGACGUAGCAGUGGACACAGGAAAGCCUGGCGAUCCAGCCAAUUCAAAGGAUACACCUGAUGAUAACCACUUAUCUCCAAACAGGUGGAAGUGGGCCAGAAGGACAAUGUCUGAAACUAGUUCAAAUAAGUCUUACGAGAACAAAUAUCAGGAAGUUAGUCAGCAGGGCUCCCAUGAGCAAUUGAAUAAUGCCGCUGAUGCUGCUUCCAGCCCACAACACCUGAGUGCUCAAAAAUUAGAGAUGUUAUAUAAUGAAAUUACUAAAACUCAGUCUCAGCCUAAUCUUAAUGCUGGCUACCAAGAUCAGCCAGUAAAACCACCUGAGUAUGAGGAAGAAAUAGAAAUGGAAGAGGUUACUGGGCAAAGAGAUCAGUUGCCAGCUGGACAUACAGAUGUAAUAACAGACAUGAGAAGCACAUCUAGUAUUGAUAGCUUCACCAGUUGUGCAACUGACUUCACAGAAACAGAAAGGUCACCCCUUCCUCCUUAUCUUGGCUCUCACCUGCAAAUGAGAUUCCCGAGUGACUCUGUUAAUCUAGAGGACAACCAAAGAACAAAGAGUUCUCAAUUUGUAUCACUCACAAGAGAGAAAAUGCUUGCCCCUAGAGAUGUCACUUUUGACUAUAAGCCAAUUGACACCGUUGCAAACGAUGACGGUUGUGGCUCCCAAACUGUCCUGCAUGGUCAUUUGCAUUUUGACAGUGCCAUGGAAAGCCCCAAAAGUUCUCUAAAAGGUAACAAUCCAUUAAAACCUAGAUCCCUUAAAGUUAACUUUAAGGAAAACAGAGGCAGUGCUCCACAAACUCCACCAAGCACCGUGAGGCCAUUGCCAGUAACAGCAGGAGCAGACUUUACACAGUCUACAUCUCAGCAUAUUAGCACCAUUCUUUUAGAAGAGAAUUCACCCCAAGGUGAAAGACCCAUCAUGCUGGGUGCCGAUGCCUCGACGCUUUGCCAGGGACCUCCUAAAAGAUCAUCCCCUCUGUUUCCCAAACAAAAGCGUUUCACUUUCCCUUCAAAGGAGAGGAGAAGCUUCACUGAAAUAGACACUGAAGAAGAAGAAGACUUCAUGGAGAUCUCUGGUGUGAAACACGAAAAGAAGCAGGAUAUCAAAACAAAUUGCUUUGGGGACAAACACAAUGAUGGCACCUAUUUAACAGACGAGCCAAGAGUCAGCUCUUCUUCACCCAAAAGCAUGGGUCACAACUGUACUCAAGACAUUUACCAUGCUGGGAGUGAAGUAAAGAAGGACAUUAACCAAGAAAGUUACAAAAUGGAAAACCAUUUAUUUGCUCCAGAAAUUCAUUCAAAUCCAGGAGAAACUGGUUAUUGUCCCACACGUGAAACCAGCAUGUGACUAGUCACAAAAGCAAUAAAAAAAACUCUUCUUAAAACCACAGUUAGUAAUGCCUGUAAACUAAAACAUGGAAGCCUCAAAACAAAAAACAAAAAAAAAGUGCAUAAAAUUGUUAUUUUUGCAUGGCAUGAAGAGUUGUUUAGUUUAUGUACUGUUUAAGUAAAGAGUUCCAAGACUGCUUUUUGUAACAAACAAACAAAAAGGGAGAAAAAAAAGACUCAAGAACAGUGAGUAAAAUAAAGAGAGUUCUGUUAGGAGCCAGUGUUCUGCAAAGUCUGACAUUUUUGAUCCUUUCACUUUAUGAUUGUAGACAGAUUUUAAACUCUGUGAACUUUUUUUUCUCUUGGUUACAAUGAGUUUUAGAAUUUGCACAUGAAAGGAUUAAAAGUCAAUGCAUGCAUUCAUAAUGAUGUGAAACAAGGUGCUUUGAGCUUGCAAAAUGAAUAUAUUUGUAAAUAGUUUGGGGUUGGGGGGAGAGCUACUGUUAUCAAGGAUCUGUGGACAUCAAGUUUCCUGGGACACAGGUACUUCCUUCACAGCACAUUGCCUGGAGGAUUUGUACAGACUUAUGUUGCAAAAUUGCAACUUCUGCUUAAAGCAUCUCACAUAUCUUGCUUUCUGUUAAAAAGCUCAUGAGUAUAUCUGUUUAUUUAAGGGACUUCAGUAUUUUUAGUUUAUCUGUGCUG